AUCACUAGUAAGCAAGAAGAAGUAACCAAGAAACUGCGUUCUGUCUUCUUGCUUCACAGAACUGCAUGCGCCUUCUUUUUUUCUCAGAACCUUCGUUUUUUUCUUCUUCCCUUCAAUUUUUUAUUCUGGGCACUUUCCGGGCAUGGAGAUGAGUGGUAGUAGCAGCAGCAAGAAGAGGAAGCUAAUUUGCCGCGAAGAGGACGAGGAGGCCCAAAUGGAGACGUUCUUCGCUUUGGUGAGAAACAUCCGCGAGACACGUGAUCGAUGGAUGGGUUUGAAGUCGGGUGACAGAAGGAGCAAGAGGGGUGAGAUUAUGAGGAAGGAAGAAAAUAAUAUGGUUGGGGUUUGGAAGCCAACGUUUCAGGUUGAGGAUUUCGCUGAUGAGGAAGCUCGGCAACGAAAAUCAGCUUCAGACCCUAGUGCUUCUCAGAGGGAAGACUGUGAAAAGAAAGAGGCUGCAGAAAAGGGUAUUGAUCUGAGUCUUUCGCUUUGAGAACUGACCCAACCAGCACUUGUGUUCUCUUCAUGUGACCAUGGCUAGGUCUAGCUGCUCAAUCUGUAGUCGGAAACCUAUAAAGGGCUGUCUUAUCUCUCUAACCUGAUUUUGUAGAUUUUUGCUUAGUUAAUGUGGUUUUUGCUUUUAAGGCUUGUAAGUUGUAAGUCUCUCCUCUACUGUAUUUCCAACUUCAGCUACUGAAAUAAUAAUAAUUGUGCCUUUUCACUUCCAUCGAUGGCCGUGCUA